GGAUCUUUCUGAUUGCUUCUGUCAGGGCUUCCUAUUGCAGAGGUUUUCCAAGACAAUCAUCCAUUCCAGCUGUAAUUGCCCUGCUUGUUUCUUCCCCCGGUGCAUGACCAGUUAGCCCAAAAAUUGGCAGGUGAACACCAAAAACCUUUGCCUCUUCCCUUAUUCGUCUUGCUGCCUGAUAUCCAUCCAUCCAUCAAUGGCAUUUGUACAACAUUCAAUUCAAGUACAUGGCAUAUGGGGAUACAUCAUUUGAAGAUUGUAAGAGAGCAUCUGAAGAAGCAGUUGCUAUAAUAGUAAAAAACUUGCAGGGGAAACUAUUCUCAGAUUCUGAAUCAAUACAAGCAAGAGCUGAAGCUGCAGUUCUUCUGAAGCAAUUGGACUUUCUGGUGGAGACCUUAGAAGCAAAACUACUGGAAAAGUUAGAACAAUCUCUUGGAGACGUUCAGCUUAAGCCUGAGGAUUUAGAUAGUGUUUCAGAGGAGUCAAAUGAUGCUUCUAAACAGGGAAAAGAUUCUGACUCUGUUCCUGUUAAUGUUCAUGAGGAUUUAUUGCCUACAAUGAGGGAAAAAGUAAGAGCAAGACCCAGCUUGAUGCUGAAGUAGUUAUUUUCUUUCUACAUUCUGAUCCUAGGAAUUAUAUGGACAGAUGUGCUUCUGAUGGAUGAUGUAUUGCAUGAGACUGUUCUUCCUGACUUCUCUCUGGAGGUUGUCAUUCUCUUUUGAAUUUCAUUUGUAUUUAUACUCAUUAUGAUAUCUACUUAAUUUCUUUUCACUUGUAUUUUACUUUUAUGAUCUCUAGUGUAACACCUCGUAUAUUUUAGUGAAUAGAUUAAAAGUUAAGGUCAUUU